GAGAUCAUCUUCACUUCAUUUGUGUAUAUGUUUCCAUGAAGGAAAAAAUCGCCAUUAAGAAUUAUACACUCAUUUUGAUGAUGCACACACAGAAGUACCAAUCUUAUUCGGGUCUUCGAAGUAUUCACAAUAAAUGGAAUAAAACAAAUUUUCUAAUAAACUAAAUGAGUCAAAUAAAAACAGAAAUAUAUUGUGAAGCCACUCGCACACGAUCAAGUUGGUGUUGGUAAAAUUCAAUCUCAUUUCUCAUGAAUGCGGUUGAGAUAGAUGAGAUGCCCGCCAAAUAAUGCCUGCGUUAAUAGCAUUAACGCCUUAUUAGUCUCAGCAAGUACGGGUGACGAACAAGUUGGACCGAAGACGUGUCGCGUCAAACAUUUUGUUUGAGUAAAAUUUUGACGAAAACCGCGGGAAAGUCAAAAUCGCAAAUCACACAUGAAUUAAAAUCAUAAUUUUUAAUAAAAUUGAAAUAAUUUUUUUGAAAUAAAUUAUUUUAUAAGUGACAUGACAAAUAUAAUGUGUUAAUGAUCAUUAAUUUGGCUUAAUAGAUAAUGAUACUUGUGAGCAUAAAAAUUCUUUAAGGUUACAGUUGAGUGAGUGCGGCUGCUAAUGUUGCUUAAGAAGCUAUGCAUAAGCGCUUGAUUUAAUUUUCAUUGAACUUUUCUAAACUCCAUCACCCGAUAAAUUGCAAAAGUUACUUUGAUCUCAAUAAAGAAAUUGUAUUUUUUUUUUGUGAAGGCGAAUGUUAAUUUAUAAUUAUGACGGAGAAUUGAUAAAGCCUAACAUAAACAAACGUGUAGUAUGGUUUUCGGUGAUUUAUGUACGGGAGGUCCAAUGCACGGAAACGCUUAUUACAGCGUUUCAAUUACCAAUAAAUCAUAAAAUAUGAAAGUAUGAAAGAAAAUACUCAAAAGAACGAUUUUUGUGAAAACAUAGCAUAAAAUCACAAAAAAAAAAAAAAUACAACAUUUAAAUAAGGUGUGAAGUGGGAGCUAAUUUUCCAACAAAGGAAAAUUUUGAGGGCUCAAGAGAAGUGCUAAUUAAAUUUGUGGCAGAAACGAAUGCUUUGUCGAAUAGUUUUUUGACCAAAAUCUAAAAGCAUAAAAGUGGAUUAAUCUUAAUUAUCGCAACUGAGUGGUUUUAUUUCGACUGUAAUUGUUAGUAAUUUACAAUUAAUUACCGCAAUUUGCAGAUUAUUGUGUUUAACGCUACACUAUAUAGACAAAUAUCGGAAAAAUUUUUGUCUAUUAAACAAUAUCAACAAGUUUGCCAACAAGAGCAAGUCAUCUAAUACAGCUAAUAAAACCACUUACUGAAACAAAACAAUUUCAACAUGAAUAUGGAUCCAGAAAAUCACCUACCACAAUAUGGCGAAGUAAAUCAAUUAGGCGGUGUCUUUGUAAAUGGUAGACCUUUACCGAACGCAACACGUAUGCGCAUAGUGGAGUUGGCGCGUUUAGGCAUAAGACCCUGUGAUAUAUCGCGACAGCUACGUGUCAGUCAUGGUUGUGUUUCGAAAAUACUUGCACGUUAUCACGAAACUGGUUCCAUAUUACCUGGCGCCAUAGGCGGUUCAAAGCCACGGGUGACCACACCUAAAGUAGUCAGUUACAUACGAGAAUUAAAGCAACGAGAUCCAGGCAUAUUUGCUUGGGAAAUACGCGAUCGUCUGCUGUCAGAAGGUGUUUGCGAUAAAACGAAUGUGCCUAGCGUCAGUUCAAUAUCGCGUAUACUACGCAAUAAGCUUGGCGCUAUGGGACAUCAUCACAAUGCAAGCAUAACAGGCAGUACAAAUACUUCACCGCAUCAUCCUCAUGCACACCAUCAUCAUCAUCAUCACUCAGCGCCCCCCUCACAUGCCGUUUCAGCUGUAGCUGCAGCAGCACAUCACACAGCCGCUCAUGCGCAUCCACAUUUAUAUAACUCCAUCUAUCAACCGUACAGUACAUACGGUAUGAAAACCGCUGUUUCAUGUGGAAGUCCAUCACCGCCUCAAGGUGGAGCCCAGGCACAUCAAUUGCACAGUGUUGCAGCUGCUGCAGCCGCGGCGCAUUGUUGGCCAUCAUCGCAUUCAGUUACUGAUAUAUUGGCACAUCAUCAGGCGGUUGCGUUACGCGCCAGUUGUCAAGUAGGCAACGCCAUAUCACCAUUGACGCCAGCAAUUCCAAUGACACCGUCUCCAGUUGGUAGUGUGGCCGGCACAGGAAGUACGCAGCAAGCACUCGAUAAUGAAAAUAUCAGCACUAAUGCAACACAUCAGCAUCAGGUAGUACAGCAACCCUAUAAUUAUUAUAUGUAUUUUCAAAAUGGCGGCAUGCACCAUCAUCACGGUGGUAUGAUGGCUGCAGGCGCAACGAGCUUAUGAAGUUUGUUUUUGUUAAUCAAAUUUUUUUUUGUUUAUGGUUUUAACUUUAUAUUUAAAUAACGGAAAGGCGUACAAUAGAGAUAAGUUUAAAUACU